AUGAGAUCAUCUAAAUUGCAUCGCACACAUCAGACGAAGAGUAUGCAACCCCCAUCGUUAGACCGGCGUAAUCUAGCAACGUCCACUGUACGACACACCAGAGCGAAUCGAGGUAUGGUUAAAACCAGUAAUACUGCAUUGCGACCAGUUAUAGUGGAGAAGUUAUCUGAAGAAGCACGAUCUGAAAUUCGUGAAAAGCUUAUCCAUUUACUCGCAACAAAACCUUUCGGGCUGGCUGAGCUCUUUGCGCGCCUUAAAACUGACGGCUUACCAUAUUCCGCAAGGGAUUUAAUACCUAAUUUUCUUAUGGCCACUGCCGUACUCCAAGGCAACGUGUACAACUUACGGCGGAAUGUGUGGUAUGACGUGAAAGAUGACUGGCCACAUUAUACUGAGUCGGAGAGAGAACAUAUGAAGCGACGCAAACAACAGAUUUUGAAUCCAACUCAAAUCAGCAAAGAAAACGCAAUAUCCACUGACCAGACUCGUGCUCCAUUAACAAGCUCCAUCAAAUUGAGUACAAGUCAGUGCCUGCCUGUGAAGCGAAAAUCGGAAUUUGAAAAGACACACUAUGAACCAGUGCCAAAAAAGCGGAGUACUCAUAUCUCGAUUCAAUGCUCAAGAAAAUAUCCCGUUAGACCGAAACUAACUACAACUUCAGCUUCCUCGGGUGCUGGAGUACUACCAGACUUAAUCAACAAUGAGGAUUACUACCAUCCUUCAGCUUUCUCGGGUGCUGCAGGACUACCCGAAUUAAACGAAAAUGAGAAUUACUAUGAUCCAAAAAAGCCAAAGCAACGGAUUUCUCAUAUAAAGUAA